CCUGCUGUCAACCUGCUUCCGCUAAUGCGGAAGCUAUCUUGUUUUGAUGGCUCUACCUCAGUGACGUUUGGUCAGUGAGUGUGGCGAUGGGACUAUCUCAGAGCUCGUUUUUGUCUGACGGUGGCUCUAAUAGUGGAUAUCAUGUCCAUGGGGUUCAAGUUGAUUCACCUGCUCAGAAGGCUGGUUUGGAGCCCUUUUUUGACUUAAUUCUCUCUAUUGGGAAUACCCGGCUUAAUAAAGAAAGUGAUUUGCUGAAAGACCUCCUGAAAGCAAAUGUGGAAAAAGCAGUCAAACUUGAAGUGUACAGCUCUAAAACCCAGCGGGUGAGGGAGUUGGAGGUGAUACCCAGUAACAUGUGGGGUGGUCAGGGUCUGCUAGGUGCUAGUGUCCGCUUCUGCAGCUUUGAAGGAGCCAAUGAGAAUGUGUGGCAUGUCUUGGAUGUGGAAGCUAACUCUCCUGCAGUGAUGGCUGGCCUUAUUGCACAUGAGGACUUUAUUGUGGGAGCUGAGCAGGUGUUGCAAGAUUCGGAAGAUUUCUUUUCUUUGGUUGAAGCCAAUGAGGGGAAACCUCUGAAGCUGCUUGUGUACAACACACAGACUGGUCAAUGCAGAGAGGUAGUGGUGACACCUAAUGGAGCUUGGGGGGGAGAGGGAAGCUUGGGCUGUGGUAUUGGCUACGGCUACUUGCACAGGAUCCCAACUCGUCCAGCUCAGCCUAACAUCCAGAAUAAACAUGUUCAGCAAUCCAUUGUGACUGGCAGCAGUGCAGACCUGGUGCCAAGUGACCACACCAAGGUGCCUUCAGUGGCUGAUUGUAGCCCCUAUAGUGUCAGUGAAACAAAUUUGAUUGAAAAUGAAGGAGCUAUGCAGGACCUGAGUAUAAACUCACCUGCACAUCUAGCUGUGGACUCAGGUAUUUCCAGUAUAAGCGAAGUGGCGUCUCCAGAUUCAUCAGACGUGGUUUCCACCAGCGAUACGAGCCAGACAUCCACUGCUAAUUUUGGAGAUAACACUGAUAACUCACCUGUUGACCAAAGACCUUCAUCGCCAAAGAAGAAAGACUCAGACAUCCUGGAAAUUGAGCAGGAGCUUGCUAUAGACCUGAUCACUGUGACUUCUCCAAGCAAACAAUCUACAGAUGACCAUGUUGGCCUUGAAGUCACCACAGAGAACCUGUAUGAUCAAAGUAUCCCAGAGAUGCAAGAUACUGGAUGCAUCUUACCGAUGCCCUCACUUUCAGUCAGUAUUAUGGAAGAGGAGAGGCCAGAGUCCACUGCAGCAGACAGUUAAGACAACUGCUGUACCAGAUUAAAGGUACUUGUUUCAUUCUCAAGCUGACUUGCAUAAAAAAAGAUUAAGAGCACAUCAUGAUGCAGAAAAGCUUCCCUUAUGAUUGUACGUUGCAACACUGGAACUACUUCUAAUUGACAAGUUUUAUUUAUACACGGGUAUGGCUGCGGCAUGAUGAAUUGCACAUUUAAAAAGAGAUCGUAUAUUGUAAGCCUUUUUGCCUUAUGUCUGAUUUUAAAUACUGCAUACUCCUAGGUGUAGGUUUGACUUUUGAUUGGUGGACAGUAAAUGAAUGAGGUAUGUGG